AUGGAAUUGGCAAUAGGCAUUCUGAUCGUACUGGAGGAAGGGAUGUCUGAGCUCCUAAGGGCGUCUGACAGCCAUCACACCAUGGAGCAAGUCAACAAUGUAAAUUUUCGUUUAAGCCACACAUCUUUUAUGGAGCAUCUCUUGUGUGAGAUGAUAGCUCUCCACUUCCGGGUUGGUGAGUUUCUGUUGCCAGAGAUGAGUUUCUCAGCACUCGAGCUCAGCAGCUCCAAAAAAGUAUCUUCUCAUAUUGUUUUGUAUGUGUAUGUUCAGUGGCAGCCAUCUCCUACCCAGCAUCAUGGCUGCCCUCAGACUCCUGUGAAACCCAAGAUCGUCAAAAAGAGGACCAAGAAGUUCAUCCAGCACCAGUCAGACCGAUAUAUCAAGAUUAAGCAUAACUGGAGGAAGCCCAGAGGUAUUGACAACAGGGUGUGUAGAAGAUUCAAGGACCAGAUCUGGAUGCCCAACAUUGGUUACGGGAGCAACAAGAAAACAAAACACAUGCUGCCCAGUGGCUUCCGGAAGUUUCUGGUCCACAAUGCCAAGGAGCUGGAAGUACUGCUGAUGUGCAACAAAUCUUAUUGUGCUGAGAUUGCUUACAGCGUUUCCUCCAAGAACCGCAAAGCCAUUAAAGAAAGAACAGCCCAGCUGGCCAUCAGAGUCACCAAUUCUAAUGCAAGGCUGUACAGUGAAGAAAAUGAAUAG